AGAAAGCCUGGGCUUGUUGUGUUAUCAGCCAUGCACAGUGCAGGCAUCUCCCUCCCUCCCCUAUUCUCCAGAGCUAAACAGCAGCUCCAGCAUCAUUCCCAGGCUCCACCCCGGCCUCAGUCCCUGUUUUUUUUCCCUGUCAUUCUACCACAGACAGUGGCCGCACUGCAAUGAAUGAGGAUCCAUCGCUGGGAGAGAGACUAGGCGUUUCCAGCUGCUUCCUACUCAAGAAGAUCAAAGGGGAUUAGCGGCCAAAUCUGCAAGUGACACCAGGACACCCUUGGAUCACUCCCUACCCGGGUGACGUUCCUCGUCUUCCAUUGAUUCAGAUGAGUCCCUGAUGUUCUGCUUGUCAUUUCGGCAUCUGGUGGGCAACCAUGGGCCGUCCACAUCUUGUUGAUGACAGAGAAAUGCUGCCCGGAGAUCAUCGUGCCCAUUGAAUACAGGUCCGGAGAGCUGAAGGUGAAGAAGAGGAGGAGGAUCCAUCCCGGAUGACUAGGAGCGUCUGAGGAUAUUUCUCCCGUCUUCCCAGGAAUAAACAAAUCUCAUCGUAAGGAGACGCAGGAGGGAGGGGAGGCAAGAUGUGCAGUAAGACCAAGAGCAGCGAGGCUCUCAAGGUGGUGGUCAGAUGCCGCCCCAUCAACAGGAAAGAAGAGGCGGCCGGGUCCGACAGGAUCGUGUCCAUGGAUGUCAAAUUGGGGCAAGUGACUAUCCGGCAUCCCAGGGCAAAUCCCGGGGAGCUGCCAAAGACGUUCACCUUCGAUGCGGUGUACGAUGCCAGCUCGAAGCAGGCGGACUUGUACGACGAGACCGUAAGGCCCCUCAUUGACUGCGUCUUGCAAGGAUUCAAUGGGACCAUAUUUGCCUACGGACAGACCGGCACGGGCAAGACCUACACCAUGCAAGGUCUGUGGGCAGAGACGGAUAAAAGAGGGGUCAUUCCCAACUCAUUCGACCACAUUUUCACCCACAUCUCCCGCUCCCAGAACCAACAGUAUUUGGUGAGGGCGUCCUACUUGGAGAUCUAUCAGGAGGAGAUCCGGGACCUGUUGUGUAAGGACCAGAGCAAGAAGCUGGAACUCAAGGAGAAUCCAGAGAGCGGGGUUUACAUCAAAGAUCUGUCUUCAUUUGUGACCAAAAACGUUAAGGAAAUUGAACACGUCAUGAAUUUGGGUAACCAGGCCCGGUCGGUGGCCUGCACCAACAUGAAUGAGUACAGUUCUAGGUCCCACACCAUUUUCGUUAUAACAAUAGAGUGCAGCGAGUUGGGUGUGGAUGGGGAGGAACAUAUACGAGUGGGCAAACUCAACCUGGUGGACUUGGCCGGCAGCGAACGACAAAGCAAAACUGGAGCUAAUGGAGAAAGGCCCAAGGAGGCUUCAAAGAUUAACCUCUCGCUGUCGGCACUGGGGAACGUAAUAUCGUCACUGGUGGAUGGCAGAAGCACCCACAUCCCAUACAGAGACUCCAAACUCACCCGCUUACUGCAGGACUCACUGGGUGGCAACGCUAAAACCAUUAUGGUGGCCACCUUGGGCCCAGCCUCUCAUCACUACGAUGAGACCUUGUCCACUCUCAGGUUUGCCAACAGGGCUAAGAACAUCAAAAACAAACCCAGAAUCAACGAGGAUCCCAAAGACACCCUACUGAGGGAAUUCCAAGAAGAAAUCGCCCGGCUGAAGGCCCAGUUAGAAAAGAGAGGAAUGCUAAGCAAGAAACGGAGGAGGAACAGUCGCCGGAAGAAAUCGGUGGACGGGGACAACGUCCCGGACACAGAAGCCGAGGAGGACAACGAGGAGAACCUCAUCGACAAGAACGUGGGGAAUUACUUGAAGGAGCAGGCCGAGAGACUAGAGCAGGAGAAGGCCGCCAUACAAGAUGACCACAGUCUGCUGGCGGAGGAGAAGCUGAAACUGAUCGAAGAGAAGGAGAAGAUGAUGGAAGACCUGACCAAGGAGCAGAAAGCCACCGAACUACUGGCGGUAAAAUUCAAGGCGAUGGAGAGCAAACUCCUUAUUGGUGGGAAGACAAUUAUGGACCAUACCAACGAGCAGCAGAAGAUGCUGGAGAUCAAGAGACAGGAGAUCGCUGAGCAGAAACGCCGGGAACGUGAGAUUCAGCAGCAGGUGCUCCUCAGAGACGAGGAGACGGUGGAACUGAGGGGGACGUACACGUCUCUACAGCAAGAAGUCGAGAUGAAGACCAAGAAACUGAAGAAGCUCUAUGCCAAGUUACAGGCCGUGAAGGGAGAGAUCCAGGACCAGCACGACGAGUACGUACGGGUCAGGCAGGACCUAGAACAGGCCCAAAAUGAGCAAACUCGGGAACUGAAAUACAAGUAUCUGAUCAUCGAAAAUUUCAUUCCUCCGGAAGAAAAGAACAAGAUCAUGAACCGUCUCUUCUACGAUGCAGAAGAGGACCAGUGGAAGUUUCAGCCUCUCGUUCCUCCGGGAAAUGGAAGCGGAGGUGGAACCGCAAUGAAGAGACGUCCAUUAUCGGCCGUAGGAUACAAAAGGCCCAUCAGCCAGUAUGCAAGGGUUGCCAUGGUUAUGGGGUACCAUCCGAGGUACAGGGCCGAAAACAUCAUGUUCCUUGAGUUGGACCUGACCCCACCCACUGUCUUCGAGAUGGACUUUUCCAAGGACCGAGCAGAACAGGACCCACGGGCGCUCCACCUUGAGAGAUUGACUCGUCUUGAUAGUCUUCUGGAGCGUCCAGCUGCCGCACGGGUCAGGAAGUCCAGGUCUUGGUGUCAACAGCCAAAGUCUCUGCCGUCUUCAGCCACCCACAUCUUCUUGUCAUCGAGCAGCCAACAUCGCCCCCUAUCUCCCACCCACGAGUGAUGCCCAGCACUUUCCUCGAAAGCUCUACCCAUGCACAUUAAUUACCCUGUAUGCCAGGCUUUGCUUCCAACAGAACAAGGAUGGAGAGGAUACAGGUUUUUAACCCUUUUUCGAUCCUUUGCUUGGAGAUGAGACCUCAGUUGUGGAAGAUGUGAAGACUUGUUUUCUUUUUUUUUUUUAUUUAAGAAAUUAACAUAUUUAUUUAAUUUAUUAACCUGCGAAUGGUCCGUGCUGCUGGAUGCUGACACUGUCAACUUACAAAAUGAUGCUCGGAAAACAGAUUCAGAAGGUGUAAAGACAAGGAAACUCCUGACUACCUCCUGUGGGUUGGGUGUUAUUCUGGUAAUUCUGUGAUGACCUGAUGGAUGGCUCAGUCUGCACUGAAAUCCAGCAGCUAAACUAAGCCUCUCUUUUAUUUUUCACUGAUCAAGAAUGAUUCUCAUCCCCAAGGCUGGGUGAUUCCCGUCCUUCCUCCGGUAGUUUGUGUAUCGAAGCACACAAGGCGCUUCUCUUGCCUUGAAACCCUUGCAAACUCUGCAGCUUACACAUGAAAUCGCCAGUGCCUUAUCUCAAAGGCUUCUUUAUCUCCACCUCUCUUGACAUUGGCCUUCAGGUACGAAGAUUCAGAGUUGAGGGUUUAACGGGCAGCAGUCCUCGUUGGCAGGUCUAUCUUCAGCUCCAUGGAGAAUGACUAUUAUUGUGACGUCAUAAGUCAUGCUUGGCCACUGUUUGACCAACUGGAAUGUUGCCAAUGCCUGUUUUUGCCAUGUUGCUUCUUCUUUUGUGGCUCACUAGUGGGACAAUGAUGUUUUAAUGUUGCAGUUGAAAGGCUUUCAUCUCUCACAAGGAACAGGACCGGACCGAGCCGGGGCAUGCUGACAUCUUUCGGCCAUCGGUCUAAUUUGGAAAUGCCGUAUUUAUCGAGCGACAGGUGGCGGCAUCUCCUAGGAGAACACAAUGUUGGGUGUAAAUCUAUAAUGGUCUAGUACACAGCAUGGAGUAAACAAGCUGUAUGCACAGUUAAAGCAGAAAUGUUGAAACAUCUUUAUCCUUUUUUAUUACUUGAAGUUGAUGUUUUUUAUGCAAUUAGCUAAGGUGUAACCACUAUAAAAAAAAACAAGACAUUCCUACGGUGUGAUGGGCAGGUAGGUUCCCAUGUCUCAUUCCAAACAUAUUGCCAAGAAAUACACAAAAGGCUUAAGGUGGAAAUUUUACAAUGAACCGGAACUUCGUGUACAAUAUUGUGCAAUAAUCUCUUUUCUAUGCAGUCAUGAAAAAUCUACAACGUCGAGUAACCUGGAGAACUACAUCGUACCUGGUCAUCAUUCAGUAUAUCUUCAGUUGUCUCUGUACCAGUCAUAUUCAGAGCAGCUACAAUUUAUAGGGGUCAGUGGGUACCCCAUAGCGGUUCCUGUUCAUUGUGUAUGAAGAGGCGAUGCUAAAGAUUAUUACUCUGCCUCACUCUAUCACUUCACUUUGACUCUUGCUUUUAAGUGUCUCCUCCAUAUCUCUUUAUCAAAGAGUUUACAUGGUAUACUUUGCCAGCAGGACGUAAGAGUGAUGGAUUUAUGGCACCUUUAUUAUCCAUAGACACAAACCUCAGUUACACAAUGCACUGAUAGGUCUACAUGGAGACAUGUGUAGUCAUCCUUAAGAAUAUCUGCACGUGGGUUGUCACUUCACCACAGUCAUAGUAGCUAAAGUUUAUAGGGGCUGGUGAGGGCCCCAUGGCGGUUCCUGUUCAUUGGGGAUGAACCGGUCAUCUUAGUUCAUUUAUUACUUAGGCUUGCUUCAUCAUUCUGCUUUGGAUUUUAGUUUUAAUGUUUCUUUGAUAUCUAUUGUUCAGAUGUCUGUGUGCUGCACUGUUUGCCAGCAGGGCUUAGAUAUAUGUAAAUAUAUAUACAUAUAUAUAUAUAUAUAUAUAUAUAUAUAUAUAUAUAUAUAUUUAUAGCACUCUUAUAAUCGAUAGCUGUAUGUUCCUCCAUUUCAUAGACACAAUCCCCUGCAAGCCAGUGAAAUAACAGAUCCAUAUAAAGACAUGCCUGGUCAUCGUUCAGAAUAUGUGCACAUUAGUUGUCUCUGCACCAAGUCAUGUACAGAGUAGGAGUUGGUGAAGAUCCCAUGGCGGUUCCUGUUCAUUGGGCCAUCCUAGAUUAUUAUUAGGGUGCAUUCACACCACGUUUUUGCAAUACAGUUACCGUAUCAGGUUUUUGAUGAAAAAUGGAUUCCUCAAAACCGGACUAAACUAUCAAAACGUGUGUACAAACUUUAACCCGUAUACGGUUAGAAGCCAUACAUGGUUUGAAAAAUGAUGUCCCGUUUUUAAGAAAAAAAGUAUAAGUUUUUAACUUUUCAUUCCAUUAUGAAUACAGUUUCACUUGUUUGAUUGAAAUUCCAAGAACAAAAAACUGUGCAAAGUCAAAAACCAUAUGGUGCAAACCGGAUGGAACCGUACGCACAUACGGAUCCCAUUGACUCCCAUGUUUUAAAAAAAUGUAUACGGUUUAAUAUGUUUUUUUCACCCAGACCAAAAACCGUGGUAGGCUACGGUUUAGGUUACAGGGGAAAAAAAACUGCCAAACCGUACAAGACGCUAACGGAUGCAUCGUUUGGCAUACGAUUUUCAAUGGAGAGUCAUUGCAUAUGGUUUUCAAUACGGUUCCGUAUGGUUUUCACAUUAAAAACGUAUACGGGAUCUGUAUUGCCAAAUCGUGGUGUGAAUGCACCCUUACUUGGCCUCACUCUAUCACUUCAGUUUGACUCUUCAUUUUAGGUGUCUUCUCCUUAUCUCUUAUUCAGUUUACAUUGUACACUUUCCCAGUAGGACUUAGUGUGAUGUAUUUUGGACACCCUUAUUAUCCAUAACAGUGUUUUACUCCAUCCCAUAGACACACACCUCAGUUACACAAUGGACAGAUAGGUCUAUAUGGAGACAUAUCUAGUCAUCGUUAAAAAUAUCUGCACGUGGGUUGUCACUGCACCACAGUCAUAUUCACAUUAACUAAAGUUUAUAGGAGUAGGUGAGGACCCCAUGGCAGUUCCUGUUCUUUGUGUAUGAAAAGGUUAUCUUUGUGCAUUACUCAGCCUCACUCCGUCACUUUAUUUUGGCUCUUAGUUUGAAUGUUUUUUCACAUGUGUGUGUCUGUGUGCGGCACUUUGUUUGCCAGCAGGGCUUAGAUAUACAGGGUGGGCCAUUUAUAUAGAUACACCUUAAUAAAAUGGGAAUGGUUGGUGAUAUUAACUUCCUGUAUGUGGCACAUUAGUAUAUGUGAGGGGGGAAACUUUUCAAGAUGGGUGGUGACCAUGGUGGCCAUUUUGAAGUCAGCCAUUUUUAAUCCACCUUUUGUUUUUUCAAUAGGAAGAGGGUCAUGUGACACAUCAAACUUAUUGGGAAUUUCACAAGAAAAACAAUGAUGUGCUUGGUUUUAAGGUAAUUUUAUUCUUUCAUGAGUUAUUUACAAGUUUCUUACCACUUAUAAAAUGUGUUCAAUGUGCUGCCCAUUGCGUUGGAUUGUCAGAGCAACCAUCUUCUCCCACUGUUCACACACUGAUAGCAACACCGCAGGAGAAAUGCUAGCACAGGCUUCCAGUAUCCGUAGUUUCAGGUGCUGCACAUCUCGUAUCUUCACAUCAUAGACAAUUGCCUUGAGAUGACCCCAAAGAUAAAUGUCUAAGGGGGUCAGAUCGGGAGACCUUGGGGGCCAUUCAACUGGCCCACAACGACCAAUCCACUUUCCAGGAAACUGUCCAUCUAGGAAUGCUCGGACCUGACACCCAUAAUGUGGUGGUCACCAUCUUGCUGGAAAAACUCAGGGAACGUGCCAGUUUCAGUGCAUAAAGAGGGAAACACAUCAUCAUGUAGCAAUUUUGCAUAUCCAGUGGCCUUGAGGCUUCCAUUGAUGAAUAAUGGCCCCACUAUCUUUGUACCCCAUAUACCACACCAUACCAUCAAUUUUUGUGUUCCAACAGUCUUGGAGGGAUCUAUCCAAUGUGGGUUAGUGUCAGAACAAUAGCGGUGGUUUUGUUUGUUAACUUCACCAUUCACAUAAAAGUUUCCUCAUCACUGAACAAAAUCUUCUGCGUAAACUGAGAGUCCUGUUCCAAUUUUUGUUUUGCCCAUUCUGCAAAUUCAGUGCGCCGGUCUGGGUCAUCCUUGAUGAGAUGCUGCAGUAGCUGGAGUUUGUAAGGGUGCCAUUUGUGAGUAGCUAAUAUCCGCCGAAGGGAUGUUCGACUAAUGUCACUCUAUAGUGACAUGCGGCGAGUGCUACGCUGUGGGCUCUUGCUGAUUGAAGCUAGGACAGCCACUGAUGUUUCUUCAUUAGUGACAGAUUUCAUGCGUCCACAUUUUGGCAAAUCCAACACUGAACCAGUUUCACGAAACAUAGCAAGCAGUUUGCUAACUGUAGCAUGGGAGAUGGAUGGUCUCGUAGGGUGUCUUGCAUUGAAAUCUGCUGCAAAGACCCGGUUUACUGCGUUCACCAGACAUCAACACAAUUUCUAUCCGCUCCUCACAUGUUAACCUCGGCGACAUGUCAAUGGCUGUAAACAAAGAGCAACUUGUAAAUAACUCAUAAAAGAAUAAAGUUACAUUAAAACCAAGCACACCAG